AUGCUCCUUACCUUCCUAAUACCAUGUGUUCUAGCCUCUGUUGGUGAUAGACUCCCGCAAUACAAGGAAUGCCUGACCCAGUGCUUUGAAACGCAGUGUAUCACCCAAGGUACAUAUCUUCCUCAGCAUGAUAUCAACUUCUUGGCUAGGCACCUAUUCCUAUGGUCUUGCCCUCUGGAUUGUGACUACAAGUGCAGAAGCCAUGUUGCAGGGAUCAGAGAAGCCCAGGGACUACCCGUGGUGCAGUUCCAUGGCAAAUGGCCCUUUGAUAGGGUCAUGGGCGUCACCGAGCUCUUUUCCACCGUGUUCUCGCUUGGCAACCUUUACGUCAACCUUAUCAAUUUGGUCACAUACAGCAAUGUCAUGAGAAACGUCAACCAGGGGAGCAAGAACGGUGCAGCGAAACACGUCAUGUUGCUUCAGUACUGGAUACUAUUGGCGGUUUCUGUGGUUGGUUGGCUUUUUAGUACCAUUUUCCAUACCAGAGACGUUCCCGUGACAGAGACUCUAGACUAUUUGGGAGCGGGCGCAAUCAUCAUGGCUAAUUUUAAUGCCAUUAGUGUACGCUAUUUUGAGUUGUUCCGGGUCGAGAACAAAAAGAAACGGCAGGUAUACCAGUCUGGGUUGCUUCUCAUACUUCUUUUGCACUAUCUCAAGCUUGCGCGGAAAUGGGACUACCAGUAUAACAUGAAAUAUAAUUGCGUUAUCGGACUUAGCGCCCUGGCGCUCUGGAUCCUUCAUUCGUUGCGUAUCUACAAACGUUACGAUCACCAGCAGUUUGAUGCUAUCCAAUUGCUUCCCUACGAAACCAAAAUCCAACGGAAAAUAGGGGUCAUUUGCAAAUUACGGUCAAAACUAAUCCCCCUUAUCCCGGUAGCACUCAAUGUGUUCCUAACGCUAUCGUUAUCUUUGGAGCUUUUCGAUUUUGCACCCUUUGGUCGCCUUAUAGACUCACAUGCGCUCUGGCACUUGUGUACGAUUUUCCCACCGCUUAUCUGGUACGACUGGAAUUUGUGGGACUUAGAACUUUCAUUGAUAACGAAAAUGGCAUGA